CUCCGGGGGCUGAGGGGCGUUUCGCUGGGUUUCCUGGGCUAGGAGGGCUCGCCCCUAGAUGCACGGAGUGGCCGAGGCCCAGAGAAGGCAACCGCCUCGAUCGGGCUGCACAGCGCAGUAAGCCCUCCUGGCUUUACAGGGCUGAGAGGGGCGAGGGAAGCCAGGCCGGGGGGCUGGGUCCGGGAGGGAGUGUGGCGCCCACCGCACUGGCCUCUUUCUCCAGCCCGGAGGCGGAGGUCGGGUUUGGGUAUCUUCCAGAACGAACCGAAUUCACGACCAGGGAAGAGGAACUGGCUUCCCAGGCAGUCUCCCCCGCCCCAAACUUUUCCUCCCGAGCUGGGUGGGAGGGCGGAAGGAGGAAGCGGGGCCGGGAAGGUGGGGCCAGCCGUCCCCUCCCGGCCUGGAGCCGCGCUCUGGGCGCCGAUCCGGACGCGGCUCGGGCCUUGGGUCUGAGAUUGCCGGCUGACUAUGGGUACAACGGCCAGCACAGCCCAGCAGACGGUCUCAGCCAGUGCCCCCUUCGAGGGCCUCCAGGGCAGCAGCACGAUGGACGGGCGGCACUCGCUCAGCGCCCACUCCUUCCAGACCACGAGCUUGCACAACAGCAAGGCCAAGUCCAUCAUCCCCAACAAGGUGGCCCCCGUCGUAAUCACGUACAACUGCAAGGAGGAGUUCCAGAUCCAUGAUGAGUUGCUCAAGGCCCAUUACACGCUGGGCCGGCUCUCGGAUGCUACCCCUGAGCACUACCUGGUGCAGGGACGCUACUUCCUGGUGCGGGAUGUUGCUGAGAAGAUGGACCUGCUGGGCACCCUGCGGAGCUGUGGGGCCCCCAACUUCCGGCAAGUGCGGGGCGGGCUCCCCGUGUUUGGCAUGGGACAGCCCAGCCUCUCGGGGUUCAGGCAGGUCCUCCAGAAACUCCAGAAGGACGGACACAAGGACUGCAUCGUCUUCUGUGUGCGGGAGGAGCCGGUGCUGUUCCUGCGAGCGGAGGAGGACUUUGUGCCCUACACACCUCGCGACAAGCGGAACCUCCACGAGAACCUCCAGGGCCUGGGGCCCGGCGUCCAGGCGGAGAGCUUGGAGCUGGCCAUCCGGAAAGAGAUUCACGACUUUGCCCAGCUGAGCGAGAACACGUACCACGUGUACCACAACGUCGAGGACCUGCGGGGGGAGCCCCACGCUGUGGCCAUCCGGGGUGAGGAUGAUGUGCACGUGACCGAGGGGGUGUACAAGCGGCCCUUAUUCCUGCAGCCCACCUACAGGUACCACCGCCUGCCCCUGCCAGAGCAAGGGGCUCCCCUGGAAACCCAGUUUGAUGCCUUUGUCAGUAUCAUCCGGGAGACCCCCAGCCUGCUGCUGCUCCGAGAUGCCCACGGGCCUCCCCCUGCCCUCCUCUUCAGCUGCCAGACAGGUGUGGGCAGGACCAACCUGGGCAUGGUCCUGGGGACCCUCGUGCUGUUUCACCAGAGUGGGACUGCCUCCGGGCCUGAGGCUGUCCCUGCGAAGACCAAGCCUCUGCCCAUGGAGCAGCUGCAGGUGAUCCAGAGCUUCCUCCACGCCGUGCCCCAGGGCAGGAAGAUGGUGGAGGAGGUGGACAGAGCCAUCACUGCCUGUGCUGAGCUGCACGACCUGAAGGAAGUAGUGUUAAAACACCAGAGGAAGCUGGACCGUGUCCGGCCCGAGAGCCCGGCCCAGGGAAGCAGCAGCCAGCAGGGUGUCCGGCAGAGGGCCCUGCAGAGCCUGGAGCGAUACUUCUACCUGAUCCUGUUUAACUACUAUCUGCAUGAGCAGUACCUGCUGGCUUUUGCCCUCAGUUUCAGCCGCUGGCUGUGUGCCCACCCUGAGCUGUACCGCCUGCCUGUGACACUGAGCUCAGCGGGGCCCAUGGCCCCUGGGGACCUCAUCGUCAAGGGCUCCCUGAGGGCGGACGAUCUCGUCUCCCCAGACGCACUCAGCACCAUCAAAGAGAUGGACGUGGCCAACUUCCGGCGGGUGUCCCGAAUGCCCAUCUACGGCACAGCCCAGCCCAGCGCCAAGGCCCUGGGGAGUAUCCUGGCCUACCUGACCGAUGCCAAGAGGAAGCUGCGGCAGGUCGUUUGGGUCAACCUGAGGGAGGAGGCUGUGCUGGAGUGUGACGGGCACACCCACAGCCUGCGGUGGCCUGGGCCCCCCAUGGCCACUGAGCAAUUGGAGAGCCUGGAGACCCAGCUGAAGGCCCACCUGAGCGUGCCUCCCGCAGGCGCGGAGGGCCCGCGGGCCCACAGGUUCCAGACGUGCCUCACCACGCAGGAGGUCUUCAGCCAGCACCGCGGGGCCUGCCCCGGCCUCACCUACCACCGCAUCCCCGUGCCAGACUUCUGUGCCCCCCGCGAGGAGGAUUUUGACCGGCUGUUUGAGGUCCUGCGGGGCGCCCUCACCAAGGACUCGGGCUCCGGCUUCGUGUUCAGCUGCCUCAGCGGCCAGGGCCGGACCACGACGGCCAUGGUGGUGGCUGUGCUCGCCUUCUGGCACGUCCGAGGCUUCCCCGAGGUGGUGGAGGAGGAACUCGUGAGUGUGCCUGAUGCCAAAUUCACCAAGGGGGAGUUUGAGGUGGUGAUGAAGGUGGUGCAGCUGCUGCCGGACGGGCACCGUGUGAAGAAGGAGGUGGACGCAGCGCUGGACACAGUCAGCGAGACCAUGACGCCCAUGCACUACCACCUGCGGGAAAUCAUCAUCUGCACCUACCGCCAGGUGAAGGCAGCCAAAUCGGAGCAGGAGGCCCGGAGGCUGCAGCUGCGGAGCCUGCAGUACCUGGAGCGCUACGUCUACCUGGUGCUCUUCAACGCUUACCUCCACCUGGAGAAGGCGGACUCCUGGCCGAGGCCGUUCAGCACCUGGAUGCGGGAGGUGGCGUCGAAGGCUGGGGUCUACGAGAUCCUCAAUCAGCUGGGCUUCCCCGAGCUCCAGGGCACGGAGGACCAGCCCUUCUCCAGGCUGCGCUGCCGGUGGCAGGAGCAGAGCCACAGCCUGGAGCCCUUCGCCGCCGGCGACUUCCUGUAGGACGGUUCCCCUGCCCCGUCCCCCCGCAGGGCCCCACGAAGGCUGGAGGGGCCCUCACUGAAGUGGCCCUGAGCUGACAGUUCCCCAGCUUCCCAGAGAGCCUGGGGCUGGGUUGGGACCCCUUUUUUGAAAGGGCUUUUUAUAGGACAGUGAGCACGCAGUCAGACCUGUGAAUGACAGCGUGAGAGCUGCCCUCAGGAGGGCCCAGUGCGGGCCUUGCAGCCCUCCAAGCAGCUCACUCCCCAGUUGCCAAACAAAGCUACUGGCCACGGCCACUGCCAUCCUCUCCCCUCCCCUCCCAGCAGGUCUGGCGGCCCCUGUGCAGAGCAGCCGGCCAGUGCGGGUUUCCUCUCUUUCCUUCCCUGCUCUCCCUCUUGGCUUCUCCCCUUUAGCCUCCUGGCACUGCCCUCGGGGCCCCUGGCUCCCUGGGAGGUGGACAGCACUCUGGGUGGCUUUGUGACUUUAAAGUCAGCUUUAGUUUUCUUGCCUCUCGUGCCCGUCUCCAACCUGGAGACUUCAAGAAGUACAACCCCAUGGUGUGGUGGGUGCCGCAGAGGCUUGGCCUCUCCUGCCCUCCCGCCCCCCGCCCCCGGGGGUGCUGGCAGGACUGUGGAGUUUUCUAAGGAGCCGGAAACACCAGGGAGUCCCUCUCAGGGGAAGAGAGAGCUUCCAGGAGGUGGAGCAGCCCCAUGGCAGAAGCCACCUCCAUUUGCCUGGGAGCCCGGGUGGGCGGUGCUGAGUAAGCCAAGCACCCAGCCUGGGUCCCUCUGCACCUCCUCCCGCCCCGCCAGCCCCAAAGGCCCGUGCCCCGCCUGCUGCAGCAGGGACCCUCGGGUGCGGCCACUUGAGCGAGCAGUGGAGCGUGAGCGUGGGCUAAGGGUGGCCUGAGGGGUCCCCUGGAUUGCAGACCAUUCUUGCCGAGGACCCCUGAGCUGCCUUCCGGUGGGAGCAGACGGGGCCAGGCACUGCUGACGUAGAGGGUCUGCUGUGUGCAGACAGCGGGAAGCUGCUCGGAAGAGGAGGGGAGGCAGGGGUGCUGAGCUGAGCCUUGCAGCUCUUCCUCUGGGGCCGGGGCCUGUUUAUACCCAGGGGCUGCCCAGUGGGGAGGCUGGGCACCUGGCCUGCUCGUUGUGGCCAGCGGGGCCUCUCUGUGGUUGCGUGCAUGCACUUCUAUGGGAGAACAGGUGGUCGUGUCCCUGGUCGAGGUAUUUGAAAAGGGGAGAAGAGGCUGAAGUGGCUCAUAUCUACCUAGUAUUGGAAACUAUUUGACCAUCUUGGCUGAUUUCUUUUUGCAGAACUACUGUAUGUCUGUUCACUACCUUUCCAGAUGGGUUGUUUUUGUCUUUAUUCUUUUUGCAUGUAUUAAAAAGUUUUAGUUUCUUUGCAGACAAGGUCUAGGUGAGGGGUCAGAGAUCAGGACUGAACUGGGCAGGAGCCUCUGUGUCCUCAUGGCUGGCCCUGACUUUCAGCGUUGCUGGGACCACUUGCCGGUCACGUCACCGCUCUGCCUCAGUCUCCCCAUCUGCAAAUGGGAGAAGAAUACUUGCCUACCUACCUCACAGGGGUGUUGUGAGGAUUCAUUUGUGACUUUUUUUUGUACAGAGCUUUUGAGCAUUAAAAACAGCUAAAUGUGAA